GCAUGCAAACAUCGCGGAUGCUGAUCUGGUUGGUACAGUACAUGAGAUGAAGUCGUCUGAACAUCUGCUGAGCUACAUACCGUGACUACCUAUCUUAUCAAAUACCUACCUUGCCUAUCCAAGAUCUAUCCCACACAUACCUCUGUGCACAAAACGUAUACCGAACUUAAAUCAACCCACCCAUCAGACACCCAACCAUGGGGAACCUGUGCAGCACCGAGAAAUCCGAUCCCUUCUCCCAGCCGGGCCGGCGCCUCGGCACCGCUCCGGCAGCAGGUCCGUCCUCCGUUUCGGUACCCCCGACCGCCUCCUCCAGGAAACCCACCAGGGUAGGCGGGCCGCCCCGGACGCUCGGCGGGGGCGGGGGCGGGGGCGAAGGUUCUGGAGACGGCGCUGGCGAUCCCAGGACCAACGCCGCCCUCGCAGCCGAGGCGCGCUUCCAAAAGAGCAAGCAAGGCGGGGGCAAGUUGAAAGCCGGGCUCGACGCGCAGCGUUCCAUGACCGAUUCCGUCGCGCUCAAGCAGGCCAGCGAGGAGGAGAGACGGCGUAGGGACAUGGACCAGGGCGCUGGCGCUCUCAGGCACGAUUAGGACCCUGCAAGCAAGCACGCAAGCGGAAUUUCAUGUUACAGCGUCAUUGUGUCAACCGUUUUCUAAAUCGUUUGCUCCUCGUGAUGGUGGUUGGUUGGGUUGGUCACGCGUGGACUUGCAUUUCACAAAGCCUCGAGCGAAGGUUCCUAGUGCGAGAGAAGAGGCGUCUCUGUGUCAUUGGGUACUUCCGAGUUGCUGCUGCGUUGGCGUUGCGGUUUAGCUUACGGGAUGAGUUGGUAUCAACGUUAGUCUUGCUGUAUGAAAGCGCACCCAGGCCCUUUCCGAAGAUGUGUCCGAAAUCGUGUCUUUAUAACACGGUAAAACUGAGCCCGGAAAGUUA